AUGGUUAUGUUGUCAAAGAUAUUCCAAGCCUUUUUCAUGCUCCAACCCCACCUCCAACAGCUCCUCCACGAACUCCGGCCGGACUGUAUCGUCGCCGACAUGUUCUAUCCGUGGACCACCGCAGCCGCCGCCGAGCUUGGGAUCCCGCGGCUGGGCUUCCAUGGCUCCAGCUUCUUCGCUUACUGCGUUGAACAUUCUAUAAAAGAGUACGAGCCUCAUCUUCAAGUCCAAUCCGAUGAUGAACAAUUCCAAGUUCCGGGGUUGCCGGAUUUUGUUGAAAUGACAAAAUCCCAGUUGCCAAAUUGGAUCAUAAAUCACGAUGAAUUGUCCCAAUUAUUUGAUGGCAUUAGGGAAUCAGAGAAACGAAGUUAUGGAAUGUUGAUGAACAGUUUUUAUGAGAUGGAAGACCCAUAUGAACAACAUUUGAACAAGGGGAUCGGGAUCCGAACAUGGAGCAUAGGGCCAGUUUCUCUAGCAGCAAACAAGGGAGCUCUAGAUAAAACCCAUAGGGGCGAAAACCCGAGCAUAGAAACGAGCAAGUUACUCCAAUGGCUCGACGAGAAAGAACCCAAUUCAGUUCUCUACAUCAGUUUUGGCAGCUUGGUCCGGAUGAAACCUAACCAGAUUUCCGAAAUUGCACACGCUAUCGAGUCUUCCAAUCAGAAUUUCAUCUGGGUCAUAAAAAAAAGCGACGGCGAAGAAGAAGAAGCCGCGAUCGACGGAGGGCUUCCCAAAGGGUUUGAGGAGAACAUGAAGAAAACAAAGAAGGGCUUGGUCAUAAGAGGGUGGGCACCACAGCUCAUGAUUUUGGAGCAUGAAGCUGUGGGAGGAUUCAUCACUCAUUGUGGUUGGAACUCUAUUUUGGAAGGUGUGAGCUCAGGCUUGCCUAUGAUCACAUGGCCAUUAUUUGCAGAACAAUUUUACAAUGAGAAGCUGUUGAUUGAUGUGUUGAAGAUUGGAGUGGGAAUUAUUGGAUCCAAAAAGUGGUGGGAUUUAGGAGAAGAGAGAGGAGAGGUUAUUAAGAGGGAAGAUAUUGGAAACGCAGUGAGAUUUUUGAUGGGUGGCAGUGGUGAGGCUAUGGAGAUUAGGAAGAGAGCCAAAGAAAUGGGAGAAGCAGCUAAGAGAGCUGUGAGUAGUGGUGGUUUGUCGGAGAUGAACUUGGUUUCUUUGUUUAAAGAGCUCCAAGCAAUGAAACUUAAUCGGCAAAGCAAUAGCGUCCGUUAA